AUUGAUAUAAUUUCGGGUGUGGUAUGAACAAUUAAAAUUCAUUUCAUCCAAAAUUGAAUCCAUUUCUAUGAAGCAGAUUUAAGGCCAAAUGAAAAUACAGUUAUGGAAUGGCAAUCUCGCAUCGUUUGCUUUACUGAAGUCCCUGAAUGUGGCCUACGAAUUCCUUUAAAGUCAACCCAUCUCAUCGGUGCUCCUCAUCGGAUUUCGGGCAACUCAAGCGUCGGGCACAUUCAAAUUGAAUUUGUAUAGAUGCCGUUGAGUUUUGUGUGAGAGGCUAGUUAAAUUGUAAAAUUAUGUUAGGUAAAACCGGCAUGUGCUUGAUUACGUUUCUCAUCUUGGCAUCCCUGGUCGUGCAAGCAAAAUUUCCAAAGAGGCAAUGGCUGAUUCCACUGAAUCCUGACAGUUUCAAGAGCUCCUCAGAUAAUCAGACUUUCCUGGUUGAGUUCUAUGUGCCCAAUUGCAAAAGCUGUGCUUCCUUGAGAUUAGAAUUGGAUUACUUUCUCACCAUCCUGGAAGCCGGAUCGAAUACGAAUAUCACAGUUGGAACCCUUGACUGCAUCAAGCAUGGGAACUUUUGCCAUGAGCUGAAUGUUACUGAAUAUCCAACUGUGGGCAUAUUCCAAAAGAAGGGAGAGCAGCACAGAUUCAUCGACGGAUCACUCAAUCUGCAAACGUUGCAGCAGUCCUUGGGGCUCCACAAUAGUGGCGGAGAAUUCGUGGGCCGUGACUCCAACGAUGCUUUACUGUGUGAGCCAGGCAAUGUUUACCACUUGACUUCUGGAACCUUUACGCAGACCGUAGCAUCUGGAGUGUUUUUCAUCAAAUUUUAUUCACCCAAAUGCGUCCACUGCAACCAACUGGCACCCACGUGGAUAGCGCUGGCUAAAGCGAUGAAAGGAAAUGACAUAUGUGUGGCUGAGGUCGAUUGUCUGGCCUCAGCGGCAGUUUGCAGGAGUUUCAAUGUCGCGCAAGUGCCACACAUUGCUUGGCUCCGGAAUGGCGAGAAGGUGGAGGUAUAUACUGGACCGCGAGAGCUACAGUACUUGGAAGAAUUUGCCAGAGUUAUGAUGGGGGAGAAGUACCAUGACGAUGAAAGAAAUCUCUCAAUAAUCACCAUUAAAAUGGCGAACGACUUGUCUCUUAUGUUAGCCUUUAUGAUUUAUAUAUUUCGGUAAUGCUGAAGAUUGCUGUCUAAAGGACAGGCACUCGAAGUAGAUUAGUGUCUAGAAAGUGGUAUCUUAGGUAUAUAAAUCGAGCCAAUAAACGGAUUCUUGCAUCUAUGGGUUUUAAUAGGAGUUGACGAUUGUGUAACUCAUUACGAUUAAGUGAAAGUGAACUAAAUAAAUGUAGUAUCGAAGAAAA